UAAGGUGAGCCAAAGGCAGAUGAGAUGCCCAACUGACUGAGCCACCCAGGUGCCUGGGUGAAUGCAAUGAAUUGUCACAAAAUGAAUACACCUGUGUGUAACACAACUCAGGUUAAGAAAUAAGACAUUACCAGCUCUUUGAGGAAGAUGCGGUCGCAGCUAGAGCGGAGCUCAGGGUGCCCCACCCCUGCUCCUGACUCACCGCUGUUCGCUGAGGAACAAGUCGGUCAGGAAGCCACGCCGCAGCCAUGGCAUUUAAAGACACUGGGAAGACACCCGUAGAACCAGAGGUGGCGAUUCACCGAAUUAGAAUUACUCUAACCAGCCGCAACGUCAAAUCUUUGGAAAAGGUGUGUGCUGACUUGAUCAGAGGUGCAAAGGAAAAGAAUCUCAAAGUGAAAGGACCAGUGCGGAUGCCUACCAAGACUCUGAAAAUCACUACAAGACAGACUCCUUGUGGUGAAGGUUCUAAGAUUUGGGAUCGUUUUCAGAUGAGGAUCCACAAGCGACUCAUUGAUCUGCACAAUCCUUCUGAGAUUGUUAAGCAGAUUACCUCCAUCAGUAUUGAGCCUGAAGUCGAGGUUGAAGUCACCAUCGCAGAUGCUUAAAUCAACAGAUCGGAACAGCGUCG